AUGUCAGAAGGGUUUUUUAGCAAGUCGUUGGGCACCAAGACAGAGACUUCAGUGGUUGCAGUUCAAAUGGCCAGCAAGUUUGUGACUGAAAAGGAGUUGGGGAAUCAAGAUCAAACAAAGGAACCCGACGCAGAGUAUGAUCCUCGGCCUUUAUUUGAAAAACUGGCCGAGAAGAAGCAGUUGCAGGAUGAAGAGUUUGCUGAAAAGAUGAAGUUUUCAAACCAGAUCAAGUUGCUGGAUUCAGACGAAGUCGAGUUUUUAACCCAUGCCAAAUCGUUGGCUGCAGCAAAGGAACGAGACAUCAAGCAUGCUGAUCAAGCUGCUUUGGAUGAAUUCCGUAAUGCAAAGAUUUCUACUGUGACUCAUGUGUUGGAUUCAGCAGAUCGUUUAGAUUCUAACAUGACAUUCAAACCAACUCAACCCAUUCAUGCCAGUCACAAAAAUGUAAUUCAAGAUACUCAAAAGUCUAUUUUAUUAAAAGGAGUGAAACGAAAGUCGACGUUGAAUACCAAUGUGUCGAGUCAUUCUACUACAACUGAUUCACCCAAACGAACAAAGCAUUCAAUUGAUAUCAAGUCCAACGCAGUGUCUUGCAAGCCUACCAGCACUGUAUUGACUGCAAUGAUCAAUACUUAUGAAAGCUCAGACGAGGACGAGUAA